AUGUUUAACCUAUUCUACUUCUUUUUCUGCGCUCUUGUUAUCUCUACGUUUGCUGCUCCAAUGACUGACUCUCUCAUUAUGAACAUUUUCACAACAGAAGAGGAAGCAAAUGCGGAGCUAAGAGCUGCUGGAAUGACUCAAGCAAGUAUCGACGGACUGGAUGCAUUGGCCAAAAGAUUCUCUUCCGAAUUCCCAUUGGUUAAAUCCGAUAAAGAAGCAACCGAUAGUUAUAUUUCCAAAUAUAGAACUGAUGCUGAGAAAUUUAUCAAAUCCAUGCCUGAAAACGACCAAACCAUCUACAACAACUAUUUGAAGAAACAUGAACUCGCUUAA